AUGGUUCAUGUUUACAGUUCUAUAGAAAUGUCUAUUAUGGCAUUUUUUACUUUACAGAUUAUGGAUGCAUCAUCUUCGGGAUUGUAUUUUUGUCCGAUGUGUGGUUUUUCAAAAUAUAACUCUUACAAUUCCCCAGGUCCAACGUGUUCCUGUAUGAACACUAUGGACUAUCAAAAUUAUCAGAAUUCGGUUUGUCCCACAAAUAUCCCAUAUCCUUAUUGUAGUACUCAAAAUACUGAUACAACCAGUCCGUCAACAUCGGGGCAACCGACUGGCAAUAUCGUUGGUUCUUCUUGUGAUUGCGGUAGAUUUCCGUAUGACAUUCAAGUUCCGCCUAAUGUUCAACCACUACCGGCAAAAUUGUCUUAUCCGUAUGUUUCUGACGAUCCAUCCGGACCAUGUCAACAAACAUUAAAAAAUUUUGGAUAUCAGUUACAAGUACCCGUACCCACCGGACGUGUCCAUAACUAUGGUUCUAUUAGUGGAAUUAUUGACAAAACAUAUAAAAAGUGCUCUCCGUGUCCUUGCAAAUUGCCAUAUUGAAACGAUAAACGAUGAUUAAUAAGAAAAAUAUUAACUGCAAUACCUAGGUAUGAGAGGGAUUGGGAAUCCACCAUGCAAUUAAGCUUCAGCGGUUAUCAGUUAGUAUAGAUCUUAAAAGAGAC